AUGACUGAAGAAAAUCAUACCAUGAAAAUUGAGUUUAUCCUCACAGGAUUUACAGAUAACCCGGAGUUAAAGACCCUUCUGUUUGUGGUGUUCUUUGUCAUCUAUCUGAUUACCAUGGUGGGGAAUCUAGGCCUGGUGAUACUGAUUUCAAAAGAGCAUCAUCUUCACACAUCAAUGUACAUCUUUCUGGGCAACUUGGCUACUGUGGAUUCUUGCUGCGCCUGUGCCAUUACUCCUAAGAUGUUAGGGAACUUCUUUUCUGAGAACAGAGUGGUUUCCCUCUAUGAAUGCAUGGCACAAUUUUAUUUUCUGCCGGUUGAAACUGCAGAUUGCUUUCUCCUGGCAGCAAUGGCCUAUGAUUGCUAUGUGGCCAUAUGCAGUCCACUGCAGUACCACACCAUGAUGUCAAAGAAACUCUGCGUUCAGAUGACCACAGGGGCCUACAUAGCUGGAAACCUGCAUUCCAUGAUUCAUGUAGGGUUUCUGUUUAGGUUAGCUUUCUGUGGAUCUAAUCACAUUAACCACUUUUAUUGUGAUAUUCUUCCUUUAUACAGACUCUCCUGUGUUGACCCUUAUAUCAAUGAACUGGUACUAUUUGUCUUUUCAGGCUCAAUUCAAGUCUUCAGCAUAAGCAGUGUCUUAAUAUCUUACUUCUACAUUCUCUUUACUAUUUUCAAAAUGAAAUCUAAAGAAGGAAGGGUCAAAGACUUGUCUACCUGUGCAUCCCACUUUUUAUCCGUUUCAUUAUUCUAUGGAUCUCUUUUUUUCAUGUACAUUAGACCAAAUUUGCUUAAAGAAGGUGAUAGGGAUAUUCCAGCUGCGAUGUUGUUUACAAUAGUAGUUCCUUUACUAAAUCCUUUCAUCUAUAGCCUAAGAAAUAAGGAAGAUAAUGUCUUGAGAAAAAUUCUGAAGAAAAAAAGAUCUCAUGAAAGUUGGAAACAAAUGACAUCUACUAUAACUUAA